AUGAAACACAUAUAUACAGAGGCACAAAAUUUUACAGCUAAAGAUAAGGAGAAUUAUUUAAAAGAAUAUGGAUUACGAAAUGUAGAGAAUGUAUUUUGGAUGAUGAAUGGGAGUGAUGUAUAUAAAGCUCUUUCCUGGGAUCGACUACAUGCAUACCAUGGUGGACUAUUUUCUGAUCAUUUAUGGUCAGAAUUUAAGGCUAUUAUUGAUAGCUCUGGAAGGAAAGAUGCUGAGAUUAUUGACAAUCAAUUUGAUCAAAUUCCUCGAUGGAGUGGUCUUAAUCACUUUGCAUCUAUAAUUAAGACAGGAGAAUUUGCAGAUGGAACAAAAUAUGAAGAUAUAGCAAAGAUCAUUUGUUAUGCAUCUCAUAAUGUUCUAGAGAAGUCAGACCGUGGAUAUUGUCUGCUCAAGCUUAUGCGAAGCUUUGUAGAAUUGGAUAUGUAUUCAUCUUUGAUUAUUCAUAGCAGUACAACAUUACAUGGGUUACAAAAAGAACUUGCAAAGUUCUGUUCUAUUCUUGAGGAAUAUAUUCAACUCCAUCCAGACAAAAAUUGGAAUUUUCCUAAAAUCCAUUCACAUGUCCAUAUGAUUCAAGAUAUUGUUGCAAAAGGUGCAACUCGGAACUCUAAUACUAAACCCAAUGAAAAGGCACAUGGCUUGCUUAAGCUCUGGUACCGCUUUCACACCAAUUUCAAAGAUGUGGCGCCACAGGAAUGUGCUUUAAUUCAUAUAUUAAAAAUGAACCACGAUGAUCUUAUUGCAAUGAUUAUUCGCAUGGAUAUCAAUGCUAUUGAUGAUCUUGACAUGCCCAAAGAGGACGGCGAAGAAUCACUUAUAUCUACACCACAAGUUUCCAAUCUUGGAAAUUCAUUGGGUAACGGAUCAAGUAAUGAGAAAAGAGCUCAAAGUCACAUUUCAAUUGGGUCACUUCAAGCAAUAAUCACAUUUGCCGAUGUGGAAAAACAAUUCAAAGAGAACAUGGCAUUUGAACGCUUCCGGAUUAAAACAGGAAAAUACCUUGCAGCAGCUUCUGGAAGUACUAUCCGAUUAAAAGCCAAUCAUAAGAUUACACCAUUUGAGCUUGCAAGAAUUCAUUAUCAGUCGGAAAUUGAUUGGUCGGCUCAAAGAGAUAUGGUUCGAGUUAGCAAAAGUUUCCACAAGCGGCCACGAAAUGAUUACGUCCUUUUGGCACUUGAUCAUCAGAAGUACUGCUUUGCACAACUUCUGUUCAUGUUUAUUGUGUCAUUAGAUGACAAAACAGAGUGGCCGCUUGCUCUUAUUCUGCCACUUGAUGAACCGGUUGAUCAGCGCACAAAUUUGGCACGUAGGCGUGAUAAAGAUUUAGAGUUUCUCCGAGUACGAGCCCGAAGGCGAACAAACUCUGCAAUUAUUGACCUUGAUCCUUUACAUAGUGGGAAAAUGAUGUUAUAUCAAGGCUAUAGCACGGCGCUUAACAUGAGGAAAGGCUCCGUUGCAGGCGAGUCAUCCAUUUCAGGCGCGUCUUUUUUCCGUGGAGCAACAUUGGCCGAGCUUGAGCAAAAACAGAGGUGUCGGAUCCAGCAAGAUACCAUUUUUAAUCUGGAAUCAAAGGUCCGGGAGCUUAAAGAGGAAAACGCAAGUUUGAAAAUGCGCUUGAUCAACAAAAAAGGCGCUGUUCGACCUGCUGUCUCUGACACAUCGGAUUGCGCAGCCGAAAUAGCUCUCCGAAAGGACCUUAUUCGUCUUGCUAAAUAUCAUUUCAUUUUCUAUCGUAUUAUUGUUCCCAAGUCACUCUUUGGAAAUCCCAGGCCUUCGUUCAGCUCUAACAAUGCAUCUGCUCGGUACAAAGACGAGAAUACAUCCAAGCUUGGCAAUAUUGCGGAAUUGUACGAAUGCUUUCCAGCAAAGUACCAUUCAAUUAUCAGUGAGAAUGUGGAGAUGGCAGUUAAUGUGUUCGUUAAAGGCUUGUCGGAAGGCCGUUCAACAAUACUAAAUAAGAUUCGGACCUCUGCGCCUUCUAUUUUCCCAAACAUUCCAUCUGAGCUGUUCACCUCACCAUUGUCUUUUGGCCUAAGCUCCCAUGCGGUUGUGCAAACAUUGCUUGGUGCAUCGGACCGUGUAAAAGUGAUGACCGGAACGAAGGAAAUCUGGAAGCUCAUUUAUCCCAAUGACACUGCGCACACAUUUCCCCCAGUUUUAUUUGCAGAUUCUGACACCAACAACGCUUUGGGACUUUUUAAAAGUGAUUUUCUUUUGAAGACGGCAAGAAUCAUUCUUCUAGGGCCAUCGGCCUUAAAGGCGGAGAUUAUGCCUCGAACACGGGAAGAUAGUCCAAGCGCCCAUAUUGAUAGUCGUAUGAAUUGUACAACACCAGGCUUGAUAGCUGCGUCUGCAACAGCGACUAUAUACAUCUUAUCCGACGACCGUGAAUUUACCAGUAGUGGUGUAGGACCAACAACAGGGAGGCUUUAUCUUGCUCAACACGAUAUGUACAAGCAUUAUCUCAUUACACAGCAGUCAUCACUCGCUUCACUGUUCAAAUAUUGGGAUAAUAUUCUCUUUCCACACCAAAAACCCAUUAUUCCUACUUCUAUUACACAGCAGCCUACGGAAAUCCUUACAUCAAGCCAUUCCAGGAUGUCGGAUUCCGAGUCAAGUCCAUCUCCGCAUCCGGUUUAUCAGAUGAUUGCCAACUUUAGUCGACAAACAACCAUAACUCCUAGUUCAACAACUUCUAUUCCGGGUCCUAUCGUUAAUGUGGAAGACCGUGACACCGACUCUGAUGUAGAAGACUUUGCGCCGCCACUACAAAGCACUCGGAACCUGCCAUCUAAUACUCAGGAUAUUACUGAAGAUAGAUCUGAUACUGACGAAGAACCGACUCCGGCAGCCUUUGAGUCUGCACUCCAUGUUACAAAUACCACGGUCAAUGCUCCACUCCCAGUAUUUCUCCCAGUUCCGAAGACUCAGACUCCGACAAGCCCUCCCCUUUCUUCCAAUACAGUCUCUGUUCCUAAUGCUUCCACAAGCAUUUCUCCACUUGAAGCACCAGUAAUCAAGCCAAAACGUGGUCGAAAGAAGGGGUUGGCCCCUGUGCAGCCUGACGCAACUGUUGUAGCCAAAACACGGAGCACACGCUCUAGUAAGCGUGCUAAUAUUACACCAUUAUAG